GUUGAACAAGUCAGCUAAAACCGGUCCUGAUUUCGACUAUUUUUAUAUAGAUAUUUAAAAAAACAUUUCAAUUCGUCAUUAAUUCUCUCAGCCCGCCGCGUCGUCACAUUUCCCAAAAACCCCUAUCCCAAUUCAACCGCCUCUCGGAAUCGCGAUUUGGAAAAAUCUCGUUAGAUCGAGAUCGAUUAAUUAUUCCGAUGUGCCUCAACCUCAUAAAAAGAAACACGACAACGCGAAACGUUUCAGUAAAAAGCUCUCACGACACCGCAACAAACAACAAAAAAUCUAAUCGCAUGGCGAUAUAAUUAUUCAAGUUCAGUUAUUGACAGUAGUAUACACAAGUUAAGCGAUCGCUCGAGAGCUUUAGCGGUAAACCAACCGUACUCGAGAGCACUGCUCGAGAGUUGCGCGUCCUUUUAUUUUGCCAAGUAAAAUUUCCGAUUUGUUCGCAGUUCAGACAAACAUGAUAAACCGUUUGUGAAAUUUUUGCAGUACAAUGGAAGGAAGGUAUACUGGGGGUGAUUACGAUGCCGAUCGUGGUGGAAUCGAAAAUACGGGGUUUCAGUUGCAGGAAAAUAGUGAUUCGUACUUAAAGAACGGUGCAGUGUUGAACCAAACGACCACGUUGCAAGUGCCCCCCAAGAGAAAGAAGUCCUUGGUGCAACUCACGAAGGAGGCUUUGCCCAGAUUGGAAAACUAUAGGAAUUCCAGGAAGGCCGUUAAGAGACCUAGUUUAGGGGAGCUUCAUGAAGGAGAGGAGUCUGUAAAGGAAGCUCCUUCAAUCGAUGCUAGCGAAACAUUAGAUGACUUAUCUGAGCCCCACGCUGGUAUAAAAUUAGGAUGGAUACAGGGUGUUUUAAUACCAUGUCUUCUCAAUAUUUGGGGAGUCAUGCUGUUUCUUCGGUUAUCUUGGGUAGUUGCAGAAGCUGGCAUUGGUCAUUCCUUGUUAAUAAUAGCCAUCUCAGCGGUAGUUUGUAUUAUAACCACCUUGUCACUGUCAGCUAUUUGUACAAACGGAGAAGUAAAAGGAGGUGGUAUAUAUUAUUUCAUUUCCCGAUCGUUGGGACCUGAAUUUGGUGCUUCAGUAGGAGUGGUAUUCGCGUUUGCGAACGCAGUAUCUGCUUCUAUGAACACUAUAGGUUUCUGCAAUUCUCUUAGCGAUCUCCUUCGUAAUUACGACCUCCGCAUCAUCGACGGCGAUGUCCAAGAUACCAGAAUAGUAGGAACUGCUGCUACCGUAGUGAUGAUACUCAUUUGUGCCAUAGGAAUGGAGUGGGAAUCGAAAGCCCAAAACUUUUUGAUAGCGGCUAUUGUAGGCGCUAUGAUUGAUUUUAUAGUCGGUACUAUUAUUGGACCAACUUCUGACAUACAAAGGGCUAAAGGUUUCGUGGGAUUUAACACAACGACAUUUGCCGAAAAUUGGGCUCCUGCAUACAGACCAAUGGAAGACAUACCUUAUAAUUUCUUCCAAGUUUUCGCAAUAUUUUUUCCUUCAGUGACGGGCAUUCAAGCUGGUGCGAAUAUUUCAGGGGAUUUAAAAGAUCCAGCCACAGCUAUUCCAAAAGGAACCCUACUAGCUCUCUUGAUAUCAAUGGCGUCCUAUGCCCUUUUCGUCAUUUUUGCCGGUGGAGCUGCAAUGCGGGAUGCCAGUGGAUACGUUACCGAUUUAAUCAAUGGUACUUUGACCGAUUGCGUUGCACAUAACAACUGUUCCUUCGGGCUCUUUAACAGCUACGAAAUGAUGCAAGUCAUGUCGAGUUGGUGGCCGCUCAUAUACGCCGGGUGCUUUGCUGCCACUUUAAGUACCGCACUUACUAAUCUACUCUCAGUACCAAGACUAAUUCAAGCUUUGGGCAUAGAUAGGAUAUAUCCAGGACUCAUUUACUUUUCUAAAGGAUAUGGAAAACAUGGGGAGCCUUACAGGGGAUACGUACUGACAUUUUUCGUGUCUGUAGCGUUUCUUUUGAUAGCUGAGCUAAAUGCAAUAGCUCCUUUGAUAUCCAACUUCUAUUUAGCAUCUUACGCCCUCAUCAAUUUUUGUACCUUCCACGCUGCUCUAAUCAAACCGUUAGGAUGGAGACCAACGUUUAGGUGGUAUAAUAAAUGGUUAAGUUUCGCUGGCUUCUUGAUGUGCGUGGUGAUAAUGUUUCUCAUCAAUUGGUGGUCCUCUUUGAUAACUUUUGGAAUUAUAUGGGGGUUGUAUCUUUUGGUAGUGUAUAGGAAACCAGAUGUUAACUGGGGAUCUUCAACACAAGCCCAAACAUACAAAACAGCUCUUACAACAGCCCAAAGAUUGAUCAACGUGAGUGAACACGUCAAAAAUUAUAAGCCUCAAAUUUUGGUGCUUUGUGGAUCACCUAAAUCGCGACCGUUGCUUAUAGAUUUUGCAAAUUUGAUUACCAAGACCCACUCUUUGCUGAUUAUUGGAGAUGUGAUUAAUAAACGUAUCCACCAUAGGAUACGCUCAGCUAGAACCACGAAGGGCUACGCUUACUUACGAAGCAGGAAAGUUAAAGCUUUUUAUACCAUUAUUGACAAUAUGCCAUUCGAAGUGGGCGCUAAAGCCUUACUGCAAACUUCUGGUAUUGGAAAGCUCUGUCCCAAUGUACUAAUGAUGGGGUACAAAAACGACUGGCAGAUAUGCGGCAAAGAAGAAUUAUUGGCUUAUUUUAAUGUUUUACAUGCUGCGCUUGAUCAUAGAGUUGCAGUUACAAUUUUGAGAUUGGGAGACGGAUUAGAUCAUAGCAAAUUAUUAGAUGAUGAAGACCAGGUUCCAGUAAACAACGAUUCAACUUUGACUCCAGCAACCAGACAUGAUUUCAGAACUUCUAUUUCCAGUAAUAUUAUGCACGCCGACUCUAAUCUGAGCCUAACGACUGUGGGUCUCCCAGACAACAAUUUUAACUUAAAUUUCCAAACUCCUGCUGGCUCGACCAACGCCAAACCAAAGAAACAGCGCCCAGGUCUAAACGAAAUUUUGGUGACGUCUCCAGAUCAAUUCGCCAAACUCGAAGAAAGGGUAGAUAUGUUCAGAAGAAAACAACCCAAAGGUUUCAUCGACGUGUGGUGGUUGUACGAUGAUGGAGGCUUGACAAUGCUGCUUCCUUAUAUUAUUUCUACCAGAAACAGUUGGUCUAGCUGCAAACUUAGAGUCUUUGCUUUGGCGACUAACAAGAAUGAGCUAGAACUUGAAGAACGAAACAUGGCAUACCUCUUAUCAAAGUUCAGAUUAGAUUAUUACAGUUUAAAAAUGGUAUCACUAGUAGACAAGCCUCAAGAUUCGACUAUAUCCUUUUUCAAUGAACUAUUAGAUAGAUUCAAGACAAACGAAGAAGUCAAAGAAAGUGAUUGUAUGGUGAGUACAGCAGAAAUUUUGGCAUCUCAAGAUAAAACUUAUAGGCAGCUGCGAUUAAGGGAACUACUGCUACAAUAUUCCAGUGAUGCCAAUUUAAUAGUCAUGUCGCUUCCUAUGCCACGAAAAGGCACUGUAUCAGCGCCGCUAUACAUGGCAUGGUUAGAAGCACUUACUAGAGAUAUGCCCCCUUAUUUGCUGGUCAGGGGCAACCAACAGUCUGUGUUAACUUUCUAUUCUUAAAUGUAUAUAGAUUUUAUUGGUAAAGCGUUUAUUUUAUAUUGUAAAUUUUGUUAAGUAAUUUAUAUAUCAAGUAGUGUUUUUAAAAAAUAAUAAAUGACAUAUGCUAGUUUGUGUUUAUUUUAAUUCCACAUAAUAUCACAAUUCUUCAUGAGAAUUUCUGUACAUUCCUUUGAACAUGUGUCCACUUCAUUUAGGAGAUAUUAGGAGAAUUCCAACCAGGUAACAAACAUUUUCGAAUUCGGAGACAUUUUUUGUGAAUUUUGGUGGUCUUUCGCUGGCACUUGUCAACAAACACAUUC